UGAAGAUCAACUCCAUUAAUGGUGAAGAAAACAUUUACAUCAUUACAGAAUGUUAAUUUAUUUUAUUAUGUUGGUUCUUGCUUACAAAAGUCAGCCAUAUCUUAAUGAUCAUAACUUGAAUGUUUUCAUCAUUGGUCAUUGCUAAUAAAAUGGUGACAGGAGAUAAAAUAUCUCUGAGUUUAGUGAAUCCAGAUGUUUUAACAAAGUGGAAUCAGAUCCAGAACGGAGCCAACAUGUUGUAUCUCAAACAUGUAAAUAAAAAAAACAACAGAGCUGAGCUGAUACAAACACUGACAACAUACUGAUGCCAAGUUGACAGCAACAGUUGCCUGGUGACAAACUGUUGAGCAACGCAACAAAGAACAGAGUAACAGGUGCCGCUCUGCCAGCUUAUAAAGCCGUCUGUCAGCCCACCUCUGGUCUGGUUGGAGGAGGUUCACAUCAACGGAGGAUCCUCCCUCUGAAGUAUGGAGAACGAAACCUUCAAUGCAGAUAUUAUAUUCAUUGAGGGGUUAAAGGUCAUCCCCGGGUCCUCCAUACCCGCCUUCGUCCUCCUCCUACUCAUCUAUAUCUUCAUCUUGGUGUCCAACAUCGGCUUGGUAGUCCUGAUUACCAUGGAGAGGAGCCUCCAUGAGCCCAUGUAUCUGCUCUUCUGCAACAUGAGUAUUAAUGACGUUUUUGGGGCCACGGCCAUCAUUCCGAGAUUGCUAAGCAAUGUUUUUACUCCAAUCACAGACCGGUACAUUCAUUACAUAGACUGUGUUGUUCAGGCUUUUGCUUCUCACUUUCAUGCAGGCACCUCUCACACGGUGCUCAUGAUCAUGGCGUUUGAUCGCUACGUGGCCAUCUGCAACCCCCUGCGAUACGCCACCAUCAUGACCAACAAGAUGGUGGUGAAGCUGUCGGUGGGGGCCUGGGUGGCGGCCUUCAUCUCUGUUGCGAUUCUUCUUGGCCUCGCUAUCCGCUUGACGCGCUGCAGGCGGGUUAUAAUCAACCCCUUCUGUGACAACGCUUCCUUGUUCAAACUGUCCUGCCAGAACCUUCUCAUCAACCACAUCUACGGCCUUGGCAGCGCCGUGGUCAUCCUGGGAUCCUCCCUCGGCAGCAUAACGCUCACCUACCUGAGGAUCGCCAUGGUGUGUUUGAGCAGUAAGAACAAGGUGCUGAACAGCCGGGCGCUGCAGACCUGCGCCACCCACCUGGCUGUGUACCUCAUCAUGUUGGUUUCCUGCUUCACCCCCAUGAUCAUGCACCGUCACCCUGAGUGGGCGGACAACGGGAAAGUGGCGUCAGUCAUGUUUCAUGUCGUCCCUCCGGUCCUGAACCCCAUUAUCUACGGGCUGCAGUGUAAAGAUCUCAAACAGAGGAUUGUUGCUGUGUUUCACAAGAAUAAAGUCAUGGAUGGGAAAAGUGCUGCAAGGGGACGAACCUUCCACAAAUAACUCCUUAACUGCACACAUCUAAUGCAGAGGUGUCAUCAGCAGAAUACCUUUGUUUUCUAUGCAUAUUUCUGCUAAAUAUGAACAAUUUCACAGGAUUUUAAGGUAUAAAUGUGUUUGUUGGAGACAUUGGUCACAUAUUUUGUAAAAGCUGAUAGGACUG